GGUCCGAACUGUAUUAGGGAGACCUUUCUUUGUCCUCGCAGAAACCCCACAGCUUCGCUCGCAUGAAUACAUGCCUCACGAGUGUAGCGAGUGAAUUCAAUAAUUCUCGUCAUAAGGAUGUUCACACGCUCAACGUGCGAGAAGUUCUUUCUGAAUAUGAAGCUCAGACACGGACGCCUACCUCAGGCAAUUAUUCUCCUGCGAAAUUCGCCGUUUUUCGGCAAGAUCCCUGGCGAUCACCGAUUUCACGAGAAAAACGGAUUACCGACAAGGGUAAGGCUCUUUGCCCAUAUUGCAAGAAAGGACGCCACCUGGAGGGUGAAUGUCGGACCAAACACCCUGAUAAACGCCCUCCACCGGAAAAUGAUCGACAGCGAAAUCAAGCAAAUGGCUCAGCCAACUUGGUAGAUGUCAAUUACCUUGCUAGAGUCAAUGAAGAAUGGAUAUUGGAUACUGGUACCGCCUGGACAAUCACCCAUGAUCGAUCCAGGUCAACCUACCGAACGAAUCAGACAAUCCUGUGAUGGGCGUAGGUAGUAUCCGGUUGCCUUUUGGCGAUGAUUUCAUUGUCCAAAACGCCCAGUACGUACCUGCUUUUAAGCGGAAGAACCUACUGUCUUUCAGCC